AAAGAUGGGCAAGGAUGGGCACUCCCUACACUCCUUACACGCCUUACCCAGCUAGAGAUGUGAAAGUAACCUUCAGUUGACCAAAUCCGUGGAAAGGACCAGGACACUCUAGCUCUUCCUUAAACUUCUCAAGGUCAUCCUAGACCCAUUCUCUCAUCCAGGAGUGUACAUAUUCAGUCAUCCCUGUGCGUGUUAUCCCGCAUUUUCAACUCAGUGCAAAGUUCUCAAGAUGAACCUGAUGUCCAAUAUCCCGAAUUUUAACUCCAAUUCCAUCUUUGAUCAAGAGAAAUUAAACUCUAUUGAUCCUCUUGAGAACCAGCUGUGCCGUGUAUGCGAGGAACCUGCGGCAGGAUUCCAUUUUGGAGCUUUCACAUGCGAGGGAUGUAAAUCCUUCUUCGGUAGAAGCUGCAACAAUCAGACUGUUAUUCAGGAGUGCAAGAACAGUUAUAGAUGCGUUGUCGACAGAAAGAAUAGAACCGCUUGUAAAGCAUGUCGACUGAGAAAAUGUCUGCUUGUCGGUAUGUCCAAGUCUGGUUGUCGCUAUGGUCGACGAUCUAACUGGUUUAAAAUACACUGCUUGAUGCAGAAGAAUGUGACAAAGAUCAGCUCUGCUCCGUACCCUAUCUUGAGCACUAGGUUCUCCGACCCCACCUUGAACCCUUCUAGACCAAACCAGUCCAGGUCUCCCUCACCCUUGAACACAUCCUCAGAGUCUCUCAGUAUCCAUUCUAGUCCGUCUCCAUUCGAAUCCUCCAUUCUAGAGCCUCCAGUCUCUCCUCCAUCCAGCAGCUUUACACCUCCAAUAAUUGAGUCUUCUACCUCCAUGUUGGAUCCAGCUAAUCUAUAUAAACUGAGUCCUCUAUUUGCCGUGCAUCCUCUUCUCCUAGCCGCAAACCCAAUGUUUAAACUUGAUUUCUCCCAACAGUUGGAACUCCUCAAGCAACGUAGAGCAAUGUUUGAAGCUCUACGAGGGGGCGUGGUAGAUUCAACCAGUAGCUGGGAUCCCGCCACACCCUCUCACCACACAGAAACGCCCAUUGAUCUAUCUUGUAAAUGAUUGAUGCUGACUUUUUGUUAUGUUUUCUUGUUAUUGAUCCAUCACAUGUUUGAAAUAAAUUUACAUUUAGGA